AUCGGCAAGCUUCAAGAACGCUUGAACAUACUCCUUCAUGACAGUAGUUUCGCAGCGCUAACACUUCCCUCUCUCUUUGAACAGCUGAUCGGAGCAACGAAUUUCAACUAAAACAUUUCGUUGUUGUUUUGUAUUAUAGUUAAAUACAAUUAAUAAAAACAUAAAUUAAUAUGUUAUCGACAAAAGUGCACUAUUUGCGUUAUGCAAGAACAGUAAAUGUGGUGAAUGUUCAUAACAUGUUUACUUCGGAUUCCGCAACUACAACAAUCAAUACAACACAUGUGAGAAACUAUAAUGUCACAAGUCGUAAUAAUACAACAAAACCACAUCUUUUAUUACCGUCUUCGAUAAAUGCUCUUACAUUGCUACCUGGUGGUAUACGGUUUGCAAGUGCCGAUGCAGCAGCAACCAACGUAGCAGAUGCAGCAAAUGCAUCUAAAACGGUGGUAGACCUUUCUACCAUUCCCGAAGCACCGGCCGUACCCGUAGAAGAAGCCCUUACACAAGUACUCAACGCUGCAGGUGAGCCUACAUUUGCAUCUAUAGGGCUGGGUGGAUGGACGCCGGUGGGUAUUGUACAAAACUGCAUGGAGUAUCUGCAUGUCGGUUGUGAUUUGCCAUGGUGGGCAACUAUCGCAAUAGGAACCGCGGUAGUACGUACAAUUAUUUUCCCACUUGUGAUCAUGGCACAAAGAAAUGCAGCGAAAUUAAACAAUUACAUGCCACAAAUGCAAGUUUUACAAAUGAAGAUGACUGAGGCCCGACAGAGUGGAAAUGCCAUCGAUUCGGCACGGUACGCGCAGGAAAUGAUGUUAUUUAUGAGGGAGAAACAAAUUAACCCCUUGAAGAAUAUGAUUGUACCACUUGCACAAGCGCCACUUUUCAUUUCGUUCUUCAUGGGUCUCCGUGCUAUGGCGAAUACACCAGUGGAGUCAAUGCGUGAAGGAGGUUUAUUCUGGUUUACCGAUCUGACAGUGGCCGAUCCAAUUUUCAUGUUGCCAUUAAUUACCAGUGCUACACUCUAUUUAACAAUCGAAAUUGGUACGGACAGUGCACGUUUAUCGGCGCAAAAUAUGCAAGUGAUGAAAUAUAUACUUCGAGCAUUACCGAUAGCAAUUUUCCCAUUUACAAUGAACUUCCCUGCGGCAAUUCUUACUUAUUGGGCUUGCAGCAAUUUUAUUUCUUUAGGCCAGGUGGCAAUUUUGAGAAUACCGGCAGUGCGUGAUUAUUUCAAAAUUGAUAGGAUGGUAAUACAUAAACCAGACAAUCUUCCCAUUAAAAAGAAAGGCUUCGUUAAAGGCAUGAAAGAAUCGUGGGAAAAUAUGAAAAUAACCAAAGAAAUUGAAGAACGCCAACGAUUGGAUGAGAUUCGUUUUGCAAAAGCAGGCAAGGGUCCAUUAGUCAAGACAUUCAAAUACGAUCCAACAAAGUCCCAACCCUCCACCGGAAGUACGAAUACGUCUCCUGUGCAAGCGAAGAAGUCAUAAAAUAAAGUGGUGUUAGCUGUUAAUAUCUAGUUUUAUUAACUACACGCUUAAUAUUGUAAAAUAUAACAAAAACGAAACGAAAA